ACUUGCUGAAAAUCAGGAAGUGCCUGACACCUUCCCUCAAAUGGAAUACAAGUAGUUUACCCAUUAAAUCAUGCCCACUGUCACCUCUACUAAGCCCCCAUGUCUCCAAAAUCUCAUUGUCCACGUGUUCUGCUGAUACACGGGGCACUGUUAUUUUUUAUGAUCUCGUUUCAAACAUGCCUAAGUCGCCAUUCACUUGCAUCUGAAAUCACAAAAUCUACCACUUCCUUUUACUGUUUGAAAUACGAUCAAAUGUAGCACGAUCCUUCAAGUUGCAGACGUUCCAAGAAAAGAAAACUUUUAAUGAAGAAGUGUCAUAAGGGCUCUAAACUUUUUGCAUAGGAAGGUGAUUGUGAAGUCACUGAGACUGUUGGAAAUUAGGAGAUGCGAUUCUCCUCCCCAGAUACCACGUCUGCAACAAGGAAGAACACGACAUAUUCCUACAAAGGAGCAAGAGUGCUGCCAGAACGAGGUCCAAAACGCUUGCAGGUUAUCUGCGAACCAACGACACAGGCGUUGAACAAAUUAGUUAUGAGGAGUGAUUGGACAAACUUGGUUUUAGUAAUGAGGAGAGAUUGGAUAAAUUUGUUUUGCUUUCACUUGAACGUUAGAGGCUGACGAGCGACCUGAUAAGAAGCUUACAAAACUAUGAGAGCAUAGAUAGAAUGGAUAGUUAAAAUCCUUAUUUCCUCCAGUAUAGAAAUGUCAAUUAAUGGGGGAACAUGUAUAUAAGUUAAGAGAGGGACAGUUUAAAUGAGAUGUGAGAGGCAAGUCUUUUGUUUACACAGGGGAUGGUAAGUGCCUGGACUGCACUGCUGGAGAAGGUGUUGGAAAAAUACAAUAGCAAUGUUUUAAGAGGCAUGUAGAUAGAUACAUGAAUAAAUAGAAUACAGAGGGACAAAAACGAUGUUGGGAAAAGAUUUUUAGUUUAAAAAGGCAUCAUUUGUUGGUGCAAUCUUGGUGUGCCAAAGGGCUUGUUCCUGUGGUAUACUGUUCUUUGUUCCUUGUUUAAAUGCAUGGCAAAAUGGUAGUAUCCAUUGGCGGCUGCUCCAGCAAUACAAAUUCAAAUUAUGGUGGGCGCUGGACAUUUACAACAGGCACAGAUAAUGCUGGAAGUAUUCAAAAUACCAGUCAAUACUUGACGGACAAAAUGGGUAUUGUAAUCAGGGAGAGGGUCAGUAAUACCAUGAAAGAAAUUUGCAUAGACAGAGAUAGCAAGGUGUAGAACUGGAUGAACACAGCAGGCCAAGCAGCAUCAGAGGAGCAGGAAGGCUGAUGUUUCGGGCCUAGACCCUUCUUCAGAAAUCAUAGCAUAGACAGAGACCAGGUUCUGACUGUCCCGGCAUGCUUAAAAGUUGAUAAAUAUCCAGGUCUGGAUGAAAUGUAUCCCAGGUUAUGGAGUGAGGAAAGGGAGCAAAUAGCAGGGGAAUUUUCAAAAAAUUUCAAUUCCUCUCUGCCACAAGAGAGGUGGCAAAGGAUUGGAGGACAGCCAAUACGUUAACAUCAUUCAAGAAAAGAGCAAGGGAAACUAUAGGCCAGUCAGUCCAACCUCGGUGGUGGGAACAUAUUGGAAGCAAUUCUGAGGGACAAAAUUAAUCUGUAAUUAGACAGGCAGAUGUAGUGAUUGUAACAAGGUCAGCCAGAUGGACCUCACAGAAUGAUUUUUCAGAUUGUGGCUUUUAACCUAGUCCAAUCAGGGAGCCCUGGCUGAAAGAAGCAGUCCUUUCUGCUGUUAUGCAUGUUUCAUCAAUGCGAAUUGGCUGUAACAUGAUUAAUGAAUAGGUGAACUCUGUUUGUAAAAUGCAAGCUUUUGCAUAUGUGUGUUGGCCAUUAUGCGAUUCCAUCCCCAACAUUUUAAGUGUCAUGGUGCACAUAGGAAUACAAUGUUUAUGCCAACAGAGUCUCCUUGGCAACAUCACAUGUUCAGUUGACUCAUGUGCUUUGUUGUGAAGUUUUUUUUGAGAGGUACUCUAAUUUUCUUUUUUUUUGCAAAUUAUGCUCCGUUACCCAUAAAUAUGGGAGGACAAAGUAACAAGAAUGUUUACAAAAAGCAUCCUGGUGAUAAAAUUGAAGAGAAGCUAGAUGUUAUAAAGUGUUUUGAAUGUAAUGAAAGAACAUGUGAUAUUGUUCAUGCAACGGGAAUAAAGGAGUCUACAUUACAUACUAUUAAAGACAAUGCAGAAAAGGAUUAAAGCAAGCCGUAUUGCUGAAACAAGCGUGAGUGCUAGCAAAUCUGUGAGGUCACGGCCAAAGGAACUUGAGGAGAUGGAGUGGCUUCUAAAUGUGUGGAUAGAAGAUCAAACCAAAAAGCAACCUGGGUCCAGAUUUCUCACCAUAAAAGAGAAAGCCUUAUCAAUUUAUGAAGACCCAAAGAAAAAAGCUAAAAAUCCUGCAGAUGUGACCAGCUUUAGUGCGAGUAGUGGCUGCUUUGCAGGUUUUAAGGACCACUAUGCUUUUCAUAACACAAAGUUAUGUGGUGAAGCUGCCAGUGCAGAUGAGGAACGUGUGAUGACAUUUCCUCCCAUAGUGAAAAAAUUGAUUGAGGAAGAAGGAUCCAACUUAGAUCAAAUUUUCAGUUUGUUUGAGGCAGGUUUAUACUGGAAGAAAAUGCCAUCAAAAACCUACAUUUCUAAGACUGAAGCACAAGCUCCAGGCUUUAAGGUUGCAAAGGAUCGUAUGACUGUGCUAUUGGGUGCCAAUGCCAGUGGAGACUUAAAGCUUAAGCCUGUGGAGGUGUGCCACUCUGCCAACCAGCGAGCCUUUAAAGGUUACCUUAAAUUAACUCUAGGUGUCUACUGUAGGUCAAACAAAAGAGUUUGGAUGACGGGGCAAUUCUUUUCUGACCUAAUUGUUGAUGUUUUUGAAAAUGUUUUUAGAAAUUAUUACAAGUUCACUGAUGACACAAAAAUAAGUGGGGCGGUAAAUAAUGAGGUGGAUAGCUGCAUUGUUGAUUGCAGAACCAGUUUUUAAUAAAAUUCACUCUGGACUCCAACUCUUGAGUUUGUGUAAGACCUCGGCUGGACUGAGAACCCAUACGGGGAACUUUAUAGAUUAAGGGUACAACUUCAAUUCCAGACUUGUAUGAGAAACAGUUGGUUCAGUUACUGGUGAUUGUAUUAAAAAGCUCAGGUCCAUGCCUGAUAGAGCAAAAUUGGUUGAAAAAGAUUCACCUUGAUUUGCUCACCAUUUAUCCAUUAAAAAAUGGCUGCCUGAGUAUAGUCCUAAUUAAACACCAGGAUGUUUCUCAGGAGGGUCUAGGGACUAGCUUGACGGGUCAGUUCGCCUUUGUGGGGAUUUUAAACAAACAGUGAACUGCAUUUUGCAGCUGGAUAAAUGCUUAAUCCCUCGGAUAGAGGACUUAUACGCAAAGCAGGCAGGGGGUGCUGUCCAUCACAAAACUGGACAUAAGCCAUGCAUACCUGCAAUUACGGUUUGAUGAGGAUUCCCAGAAAUAUGCUACAACUAAUAACCAUAAGUAUUUGUACCAAUA